AUGGCCGGUGCUCCUCCUCCUCCACUCCCUUUGGGUUCUUUUGCAGGAACCAGUGAGUACAAUUUGAUUUUCUAGUUUCACAUUAUUGAACUCCAAUUCGAAAAUCCAAAAUCCAAACCCAUGUUUUAUCUCCUUCAGUAUCUUCCUUCGCAUGUCUUCGUCUACACACCCUCCUUAAAAUUUAAAAAUAACCACUAACCCGAUCAGUGAUCAACGGCGCCCCCGCAACCAAAGUCACAGCUUCCAUGACUACUCUCUCCGCCCUCCCCAUUCUCCGGCACACAAUCAUGCGUCCUAACCGUGUCCUACUAGUGGGAACCCGUCGUGUCCCCAACGAAGAAUCAUGGCUAGCAACCCAAGUCGGCGAGUUACAAGUCCGCGCUUGUCGCAAUUGCGCCAAGGGUAACGGGCCUUUUACCGAUUGUGUAGUGGUCCCAGGCCGUUUUAAGGAAGCCUGUACGAAUUGCUAUUAUGGGGGCACGGGAAGCAGAUGCACGUUGAGACAUGGUAUGUGUAUAUUUUUCUUAAUAGAUUGAAAAUUAAAUAUUGAAGAUUGCAUGGAUAAGUGGAAAGUCAGACUAAUUCGCGCAUCAAUAGAUCAUGAAAAUGCAGUAGCACAUCUUCAAGCUGGAGUUCAGCCAGCUCCAAUUGUACCAGGCAUGGCACCUGCUUUUAAUUUUGGUGGUCAAAUGGGUGGUGGCAUGGGGGGCGUGGGAGGUUUUGUGGCGCCUCCUGGAGCUACGGGAUUCGUACCGCCUCAGGGCGGUCAAGCUCCAGGCAAUGUUCCGCGAGGUGGAGGUUCAGGGGGCGCGCGACGUAUUGCGCCGCUCUUGGUUGGGCCGCUGGGUAGUGGAUUUGGGGGAGCGGCAGCGGCAGCGGCGCAGGCAACGGUGGUAAUUCCUGCUCUCGCCGGUGUGGCAUAUGGGCCAACGAGACGCUCCAGAUUGAGGUUUGCGAGGAGCUUGAAUAAUAUAGCGUUGCAGGCAGAGAGGAUCAGGAUAAGAACUGAGAUGGCGAGGUUGAGGUCCGAGUUGUUUGCGGUUGAGGAUGUGAUUGAUGAGAGGGAUGUUGGGGCGCAUUUAGACGAUGAUAUGGACGGCGGGUUGGAAGAUGCUGAUCAAGCAGCGGCGGAUGAUAAUCAAGCAAUAGAGGAUACUGAUCAAGCAAUAGAAGAAGAGGAGGAGGAAGAACCGGAAGCCCACGUAGAAUCCGAAUUCGAAGCAGAAGAAGAGGAGGAGGAAGAACCGGAGGCCCAGGUAGAGCCCCCAGCCAAAAGGGUAAACACAGGGAAAAGAAAGCGAUAA